AUGUAAAUUAUGAUUGAGACAACGGAGCAAUCUAACGAUUCCAAUGACGCGGAAGAUGAGGAUGAUGCCUUCUUACCAAUCUGCUUCAACUGCGAACGCCAUCAAGGUAAAAUUGUAGGCAUCAACUGCACCACGCAAUGCUGGAGGGUAAGAGAUCGCAUGAAAACGGUUAGCGUGGCGUUGGUAAUAUGCCUAAACAUCGGUGUCGAUCCACCCGACGUGGUAAAGAUCGACAAAUGUGCGCGAAUGGAAUGCUGGAUCAACCCAGCGUCCUAUUCCGCCGGAAAGGCACUGGAGUUGAUUAGUCUGCAGCUUCAAAAACAGUACGAGAGAUGGCAACCACGUGCACGUUAUCGGUACUCUGUCGAUCCGACAAUGGACGACGUUAAGAAGCUGUGCACUUCGCUGAGACGAAAUGCCAAAGAAGAGCGGGUUUUGUUUCACUACAACGGUCACGGAGUGCCGCGACCGACGGCUAAUGGCGAGAUAUGGGUAUUUAAUCGGACGUUUACGCAGUACAUCCCCUUAUCGAUAUACGAUCUUCAAACGUGGAUGGGGGCACCUUCGAUCUACGUGUACGACUGCUCUAACGCCGGUAUAAUUGUCAACAGUUUUAAUAUGUUCGCCGAGCAGCACGAAACCGAGAUGGAACAAAUGCGGAAUCGCAGUGGAAGUUCCGCUGGCCAGCCGCACAGUAGCGGCGGAGAUCUGCCCAUAGAACCGGAUAAUCGUAGCUCGCCAUCGCCGUCGGCUGGAGCUCCUGGUACGACGUACCGGAAUUGCAUUCAGCUGGCCGCAUGUGCCGCCGAUCAGUUGUUGCCGAUGAAUCCGAAUCUUCCGGCAGAUUUAUUCACCUCGUGCCUAACGACGCCUGUGAAGAUGGCGCUGAGGUGGUUUAAGCUCCAGUCCACCGCCAAUCUGGUUCCGGAAGUGACCGAAGAGCUGAUUGACAAAAUCCCGGGCCAACUAAACGACCGUCGAACGAUGAUGGGCGAACUAAAUUGGAUCUUCACCGCCAUAACAGACACGAUAGCGUGGAACACGCUGCGGCCGGAGUUGUUUCAAAAGCUGUUCCGACAGGACCUGCUCGUGGCCAGCCUGUUUCGCAAUUUCCUCCUCGCCGAACGUAUUCUAAGGGCGUACGAUUGCACCCCCAUAUCGAGCCCUGCGCUGCCACCAAGCUAUCGCCAUCCGAUGUGGUCCGCGUGGGAUUUAGCGCUCGAUCAGGCGCUCUCCCAGCUACCUGACAUCCUGGAAAAAGGAAAACCAUUCCAGCAUUCGCCCUUCUUCGAGGAGCAGCUUACGGCGUUUCAGGUGUGGCUCAAAGGAAGUACGGAACAACGGAGCCCACCAGAGCAGCUACCGAUCGUGCUUCAGGUGCUGCUAUCGCAGGUUCACCGAUUGCGUGCCUUGGAAUUGUUGGGACACUUUGUCGACGUAGGCCCCUGGGCCGUCAAUCUCGCGCUAAGCGUGGGAAUCUUCCCGUAUGUGCUCAAGCUGCUGCAAAGUUCCGCCAAAGAGCUGAGACCGUGCUUGGUGUUUAUUUGGGCGAAAAUAGUGGCCGUAGAUGGGACAUGCCAGAUUGAUCUCAUACGCGAGCAGGGUCACAAAUACUUCCUGUCUGCACUGCAGGAUACCUCGCCGGGAGGUCAACCGUUUAAGGGGAAUCAUCGUACGUACGCGGCGUUCGUGUUGGCUAGAAUCGUACACAAUUUCCCCAACGGACAGGCGAGUGCGUUGCAAGGACAGUUAGUGUCGAUCUGUCUCGAUCAGUUGAACGACGACAACAACCCGUUGUUGCGACAAUGGUUGGCCAUUUGCUUGGGGCACCUGUGGCAGAAUUACGAGCAGGCGCGUUGGUCUGGCGUGCGAGAUAAUGCGAACGAGAAACUUUAUUUACUGCUAAGUGAUCCUUACCCGGAAGUUCGAGCCGCUGCCGUCUAUGCUCUGGGUACGUUCAUGAGCUCCGUGAAACAACGGUCCGAUCAUGCGAACAACAUUGAUCGGGCAACUGCUAUGCAUCUUUUUGCGACCGUGAGCAACGAUAUGAGCCCACUGGUGCGUAUGGAACUGAUCGCAUCACUUCAGUGGAUGGUACUGUUCUUUGAAUCGCAAUUUGCCAGCACCUUCCUGCAGUUGGACAGUCCGGAGCGUAACACGAACCCGAUGAAGCGAGUCUCGAGCACAAAUAAUAUCAUCGGCGUUGGUAAAGCUUCCGUUUUGGUUGGAUUUUAUCAAAAGCUGUGGAACGGGUUCGUCUCGCUGUCGAAAGAUCCUUUCCCGGAGGUGGCCGCAAUGGCACAGAAAAUUGUCGACUACGUGCGUGCAGACAGCGCCAAGGAGGUGACGGUAUGUGAGAAAAAUUCCCACCACUAUGGUAGCGCGGCCAGUGUUAGUUUGCCACCUUCACCGAACACCCGUGUAAGUUAUCUGGCCGGAGAGUCUCCGCCAACGCAUGGUGACAACGCCCAGUUCAGUCAUCGGCUCGCGAAUCAACAAAACCUACUGGCGAUGAAGAAGCGCAUUCAAGCGAUGAACGAUAGUGCGGACUUUUCCGACAGCCAAGAGAAAACGACAUUCUCGCAAUCAUCGUCACACUCCUUGUUGUCCUCGGUACCAGUGAAACCGAUCGUUGGGACAAACUUUAUUGAUUGGUCGGUCAGUUUCUUUGCGCAACCGUCGAAACACAUGCACGACACGAAAACUCCCGGGGCGGGUGGGAUUGAUCACAAUUCGUACGAAUUUUUCGUUCGAAAAUCACGCUGGAUGCGGAAUAAAGAGGUCCGCGCGGAGGGACGUACGCAACGCAAAAAGGCGAUCUUUAAGCGCCUGGACGUGCAGAGUUGGUCCUGCCGAACGCAGCACGCACCCACGAUAAUUAAACUAAACCCCUACGAGGAACAGGUGGCAUUCGCAUACAAGGAUAGGGUGAUCGUAGUAAACAUGACUACGGAAGCCACGCAUACGCUUGCUCCCCAAAGACAAUCCACGUACGACAGCUGCAACAGCCUGGCCAGCAGCAACACCACCAAUACCACCAGCGGCUACCAAUCUCUGCAGUCGCACGGAUCGUACCGUCUGCUGAAUCAAUCCAUCCAUUUCAUGGACCAGCACCAUGCACCGUCAUCGCAAUCCCAACAACCGGCAUCGUUGCAGCACCAGCUAAAGCCAUCACCCGAAUCCUCAUCGCUAACGCACGGUUCCGGUGGACUCAGCGUUACAUCGCUUGAGUUUGUCAACGCGCACGAUGUCGGCAUCAUCAUGGCGGGGUACAGUGACAGCACCGUGCGCUUGUGGCGCCCAAAGGACGGUGUCGGAGAGGAAGAUCAACUGCUAUCCGCAUGGCACGGUUUGUUGGACUUUAACACGUCCAGCGCGUCUAAAGUAAGCUGUACAGACUCGGCACCAGUGAUGUAUGGCAGUGGGCAUACGCCAGGUGGUCUGGUUCUUGCGUGGCACCAGCGAUCGCAAACGAUCAUGGCUGCGGGUGAGGCCAAAUACAUUCGCCUCUGGGAUGCCGAGCGGGAGAUGAGAAUCUGUGAUAUACCGAGCGGGUCGGAUACGGCCGUGCUGAAACUCUCGUGCGCACCAAACGGCCUGUUUGCGGCUGGCUUCCAAGACGGAAGUGUGCGUAUUUUCGAUCAACGCUGCCCACCAGUAGAAUCGCGCUGUGCGACGAUAAGGGAACACUUGAACCCUAUUCUGGCCCUCUGUUUGCGGGACGAUUGCGAAUCACUGGUAUCGGCCUGCGUCUGCUCCGUCGUUCGGUUGUACGACAUACGUAAGGCGUACUCUUCCGUGCAACAUUGGCACGCCGGAUCGGAUGUGUCUGCGAUGGCCAUCCACUCGAGCGCGGACAUUUUGGCGUGCGCAACGAAUCAGAUCACGAUAUACGGACUGGAUGGUGUGAUUCUCAGCACGGGCCGAAGUAACGAUGGAUUCAUGGCCCCUAGAAAGGGCGUGGCCUCUUGCUUGUCGUUCCAUAGAUACAAGCUCAACCUGGCAGCCGGAUACAACGACAAUACCGCCGCGGUGCUAGUGCCAUAGGAAGUAAGCGAUCGCCUCAAUCGUCUAUCAAGCAGAUAACAGCAAAGCAUUGCUUUUGUGCGCAUGGCUUUAGAAUACGCGUGGCGGCAACGAAUCACGUGCCGAUCCGUGGCAACUUCUGUAGGCAAAAUUGCUGCUGCAACCGCAGAAAACAGAUCUGCGAUAUCAAACAGGCAUCAGACCGAUCGAACCGGCUGGUUUGGUAUUAUCAAGCUGAAGAAAAUGUCCCUGCGGGCACCCACGAUAUCGUUUCCAGGAUACUUGCUACUGCUAGCCGUGAACUAUAGUUUCCAAAACAUUGUACGGCAACUAAUCGCUUAGAAAGCAAACAACCAAGCAACAAUGAUUAAAACACAAACCUUUCAACAAAAGACAAACGUUAUAAAAAAAAACCCAACGAACCCAGUUGUGUUUGUUCCGAAAAUGUGCAAUAUUAAAUAGAUGUAAACAUUGUGGGUACGUACUGUGUGAAGCAAUUUACGCGUAUAGUUCGUAGUACAUACUAGAUUCCUAGGAUCGUGUAGAGCGAAUGUAUAAAUUUGAUAUUUUAGCUAUGCUGACGACGCCGACAUAUUAUCAUGUGUAUGUUUGUAAUAUUUGCAUUGUGUUCGCGUUAUAGUGACAUAAAAAAUGCUUUGUUGUGUACCAGGUUAAUAGGGUAAUAGUUUGCAAUGCGUGUGAAGAGCGUAUAUUUUGUGCAUGGGUUUAUUUGUUAUGUACAUUUGCAUUUUAAGUUACCGAUACGAAAAAAUAGACAACAUUGGUGAGAAAAUAGUCCUUUAUUUUAUUAUUGCUUUUAUGGAAUGCCCACAUCCAUUGGUUGGUUGC